AUGCCUCUAUCGAAUCGGCGCCGCGCGCGGCGCAAGGAAAUCCAACUACAGGAAACAUCAGACGCGGAGGCUCCGGACUCGUCGCCAUCUCGGCCUUCGAAUAAGAAGCGCAAGGUCGAUCACCGCCCUUCCCCUCCUGCUCGUCCCGCCAAAGCGCAAGAAUCCGCCGAUGAGGCCGACGACUCGUCCCCCGAAAAUGAACUGUCCGCCAACCAGGACCUGGUGGACAUGGUCAUAUCCUGUCUGAAUGUCGCCCGGGAAGAAGUGCGCGUGUCACGGGACCACUCGAACAAGAAGACGGAGAACACGCAGAGUAUCCGCGCAUAUGCGAAAAUCGCCGGCCGCAACUGGACCUAUUACGUCAAAACACUGCAUGUCAACAUCGGACGCGAACCGGAUCGCGAGCCGAAGCUGGAUGAGCAGUCGAGUCCCGUUACGAUCGCUGCAAGGGCCCUCCCGGACGUCCAUGUCGAUCUGGGUCCGAGCAAGUUCGUCUCUCGUUUGCACGCGGAGAUCUUCUAUGACGGCGGGGAGACCCCUUCCUGGCACAUCCGCGUCAAUGGACGCAAUGGGGUUCGGCUGAACAAUGUCAUUCUGAAGCGCGGGACCGAUGCGAUUAUCUCCUGCGGCGACAUCAUCGAGAUCGCCAACACCCAGAUGAUGUUCGUCACUCCUGGAGACAAGGCCAAUAUCCAUCCCAGUUUCGUGGCGCGCGCGCAGCGCAUCGCCAACGGUGAAGAAGAAUUGCUGUCUUGGGAUCCCACCCAGCACUCGCAUCCCCAGCCAUCGCAAUCGAGCGCGGUGAUGAACGACCAGACCUCAGCGACCGCUUCAGCCGGCGCCAGCGGUCAGCCAUCGCUUGCCCCCGCCCGCAACACCGUCGGUCCGCGCACCGCCAAACAGUCGCCGCUCUAUAACCGCGGUAUGAUGAUGGAAAGCACGGAGGAGAUUGACUACAGCAAAGACUCGGCGAAGGAUCUGAAACCGCCAUAUAGCUACGCCACCCUGAUUGCGCAGGCGAUCUUCUCCAGCGAGGAGGAGAAGCUCACUCUGAACAGCAUCUACAAUUGGAUCAUGGACAAAUACGCGUUUUACCGGCAUUCUCAGAGCGGAUGGCAGAACUCCAUCCGUCACAAUCUAUCGCUGAACAAGGCGUUCCAAAAAGUCCCUCGGCGUACAGACGAGCCAGGAAAAGGAAUGAAGUGGCAGAUUGCCGCGGAAUACCGCGAAGAGUACUGGAAGAAGCAGCUCCGAAAGGGAACUACUCAAUCUUCCGCCCCGUCGUCGCCUGCCACGAAAGAGCCUGUGUCGCGGGGUACUAACAACCACUCCGAAAACGUCUUCAAUGGCAAGAAAUCGCCGGCAGUGUCCUCCCCAGGAUUUAGCUCGUUCCCCGUAGCACCCGUGGAGGCCUACACGCCGGAACGGGGCUCGCGGGUCGCUCGUGGUGUCGACCAUCCUCUGCGCAACACCAGUGCUCGGGAUUACGAGGAGCCUUCCCCGUUGCCUACACGUUCUGCCACCAAGAAUCACGGGGCCGGCAGCGCAUUGACUCGUGCCUAUGGACUCUCUGACAAUGUGGUGAAUUCGCCGCCCGUUCUCUCGUCAUCGUACUACGAUGAUGGCCCGUCGUCGAUGAUUACGCCGGCCCCGCAGCGGCAGCAGCCUCGACUUCCGCCUCCUAGCACAGCCCAAAUCCCGUCCAAGUUCAUGCCGAUGAGCUCGCCUGCACAAUUCUGGAAAUUCGCGGACAUUGGUAGCACACCAGCACGACCAGUGCCCGACAUGAGUCCGCUCAAGGGCGAAGUCGGAGAUGGCAUCGCCAAUUUCCCAAGCAGUAGUCCUCCGCCGCCGAAUCUGGUCAGUCCCAGUAAGCCGGGGACAUCGAACGGUCUCGGACACGGACGGACCCUUCCGCCGCUGCGAACCGAGCCAGGAGACCUCGGGGAAGCAAGACCGGGUGUCAACGGGGCGGUCAAGUCGGAGCGACCGAUGGCGCCGGCGGGGCCGGAUGCGGAUGAUGAUGACGAAGAAGGAGGUUUCGAUCUCGCCAGAGGUUUCCAGCCGAUUGGAUCAUACCAUCGGCAACUGAGCAAUACCGCUCGCGCGAGUGCAGCGACCUCUUGA